AUGACCAUAGCCAAUCGGAAGGUGUACCGCAUCCUGCUCGACAUAGGUAGUUUGGCUGAUAUACUAUACUUUGAGGCCUUUGAUAAGAUCGAAAUUGACAGAUCACAUCUCCCACCCAUCCAAACCCUACUGCGUGGCUUUGUAGGAGAUAAGGUCAUCUUUAAGGGUGUGAUCCCUCUACGUGUCAUAGCAAGAGAAGGGCAGAACCAGGUCACCUUGAUGGUGGACUUCCUAGUGGUAAAUUGUCCAUCGACCUACAACGUCAUCCUCAGACGACCUUCACUCAACUCCAUGAUGGCAGUAGUAUCUACAUACCACUUAAUGAUGAAGCUCCCCACCAUAGGUGGGGUCAGUUACCUUCGAGGAGACCAGUGUGAGGCUCGGCACUGUUAUUCGGUUGCGUUACGGAAAGGUAUACCUAAGCAAGCUCUUAUGAUCAAAUCGCUCGACCCUAGGGAAGAGUUGCUAGAAAAAGGUUCUCCGAUGGAGGAACUCAUAACCAUUCCGCUCGACGAAAACGACCCUAGCAAAACUGUACAGGUCGAAACGUCUCUAGACCCUGACCAUCGUGUUCAGAUGAUUAAUUUUCUUAGGCAAAACAAGGAUAUAUUCACCUGGAAAUGGCGAGUUUGCGUCGAUUAUUCUGAUAUGAACAAGGCAUGCCCAGUGGACAGCUUCCCUCUUCCCAAAAUCGACCAACUGGUUGACAACACUGCUGGGCACAAGCUCUUGAUGUUCAUGGAUGCAUAUUCAGGCUACAACCAGAUAGCGAUGCAUUCCUCGAAUAAGCAGAAGACUACUUUUUUCACCGAUAAAGGCCUUUACAGUUAUAAGGUCAUACCGUUCGGUCUGAAAAAUGCAAGGACAACAUACCAAUGA